UCUCCAUCCUUUCUCCUCGUCCAUUGUCUCCUCUUGUUCGCCCUUCUCGGCUUAUUUCGUGCUUUCCUGUUCCUCUGUGCACUAUUCUCUCCCCUUCUCUGCUCCCCCUUACUCUUUUCCCCACCUCCUCAGUCGCCAUAUACCCAUAGGAGCAUGCUCCGCGGCCAGACCCUCCCCUGGAGGGCCGCGCUCCAGACACCGCGUCCUUUCAUCCUUCGGCCUCUACUUGCCUCUUCUAGGUAUAAUGUCACUGCUCGAUCGAUUAUAGGCUCGUCGCGCCUCUCCCGCACGCUUCCGUCCCCCCCUCGCACCUUCUCCUCGAGUGCCCUCCGACGCAAAGAAAAAACCCCGCCAGGUGACGAGAAGGACGACACGAACCAGAAAGAGAAAAAGGAUGAUGGAGGAGAUAAGGAUGCUGAGCGCAGCUCGGAGGCUCGACGUAAAGUGACCGACUCGUCUGGAAAGCAUGGCUCAUCUUCGGAGCCCGGAGCUCCGACAUCGGGAUUUACACGGCGGCGAGACAAGUUGGCAGAUAAAGAGCAACGCAGUGUCGAGGAAGACGGAAAGAAGGACAGCAGUGCUGCUGAAGGGAAGAGCACCUCUUCAGAGGGACCGUCCCCUAUCCCUGUGAGCGGUGGCUCGUCUGAUUCUAAACCUAGCAGCUCUAACAAUGGCGGUGAUGAUGGUGGAAAGAAGGGCAAGAAAGGUUCAAAUGAGAAGGCUCUACAAAAACCGUCAGUCCCUGAGGUCUACCCUCAGGUGAUGGCUAUUCCUAUUGCCAAAAGACCGCUUUUCCCGGGGUUUUACAAAGCUAUUACCAUUCGGGACCCUAACGUUGCUACGGCCAUUCAAGACAUGAUGAAGCGUGGACAGCCAUAUGUAGGAGCUUUUCUGUUCAAGGAUGAAAAUGCAGACGGUGAUGUGAUCGAGAAUAUUGAUGAUGUCUACGACGUUGGCGUGUUUGCCCAGAUCACUGCCGCAUAUCCUCUGAGGGGAGAGACGAGCGGUGUAACGGCUGUUCUUUACCCCCAUCGUCGAAUUAAGAUUUCCUCUUUGCUUCCACCUAGCGAUUCCUCGAAAUCUGGUACAGCAGAGGACAAGACCAUAGAAAAGAAGGGGGAUGUUGUCGCCAGCUUUGAAGAGAACACCACGGACCUUACCCCCAAAGACCACUACGAACCUACUUCUUUCCUCCGAAAGUAUCCGGUUAGCUUGGUCAACGUUGAGAAUCUGACAGAGGAACCGUUUGACAAGAAGAGCGCCAUAAUCCGGGCCGUGACAAGCGAGAUUGUCAACGUCUGCAAGGAGAUCGCCAGCUUGAACCCGCUUUUCCGCGACCAAAUCUCCGCCUUCUAUACCGAUCAGUUCCCGGGAAACUUGAGUGAUGAACCCGCUAAAUUGGCCGACUUUGCUGCUGCUGUUUCUGCCGGCGAGCUCAACGAAAUGCAGGAAGUGCUUGAGCUUAUGAAUAUCGAAGAGCGACUUCCCAAGGCGUUGGUUGUGUUGAAGAAGGAGCUAAUGAACGCGCAGCUUCAAUCCAAGAUUUCGAAGGAUGUAGAAGCCAAGAUUCAAAAGCGGCAGCGCGAGUACUGGUUGAUGGAACAAAUGAAGGGGAUUAAACGGGAGUUGGGUAUUGAGUCAGACGGCAAGGACAAGCUAGUGGAGAAGUUUAAGGAGAAGGCCGAGAAGCUUGCGAUGCCUGAAGCAGUGAAGAAGGUAUUUGAUGAGGAAAUCAACAAGUUGGCACACCUCGAGCCCGCAGCCUCCGAGUUUAAUGUCACCCGCAACUACCUGGACUGGCUGACCCAGAUCCCCUGGGGCCAGAAGAGUGUGGAAAAUUUUGGAAUCCAGCACGCUACCAGUGUUCUGAAUGAGGAUCACUAUGGUUUGAAGGACGUCAAAGAUCGUAUUUUGGAGUUCAUCGCUGUGGGGAAAUUGCGGGGUACCGUGGAAGGAAAGAUUAUUUGCCUUGUCGGACCCCCGGGUGUUGGUAAGACAAGUAUUGGAAAGUCCAUCGCUCGCGCACUCAAUCGCCAGUACUACCGGUUUUCCGUGGGUGGAUUGACGGACGUUGCAGAGAUUAAGGGACACCGCAGAACCUAUGUCGGAGCCUUGCCUGGACGUAUUAUUCAAGCGCUUAAGAAAUGCCAGACAGAAAAUCCUUUGAUCUUGAUCGACGAAGUGGACAAGAUUGGUCGUGGCCACCAAGGAGAUCCCUCGUCGGCGCUGCUGGAACUUCUUGAUCCCGAACAGAAUUCUUCAUUUUUGGACCACUAUAUGGAUGUCCCCGUCGACCUGUCGAAGGUUCUGUUUGUCUGUACCGCCAACGUGACUGAUACGAUACCCCGACCAUUGUUGGAUAGAAUGGAGCUCAUCGAACUUUCUGGUUAUGUCGCGGAUGAGAAGAUGGCUAUUGCUCAGCGGUAUCUAGCUCCCGCCGCCAGGGAGCUCACCGGCCUCAAGGAUGUUGAUGUUAACCUGACCGAGGAAGCUAUUGAAGAGCUCAUUAAGUCGUACUGCCGUGAGAGCGGUGUACGAAAUCUAAAGAAGCAGAUUGAGAAGGUCUACCGGAAGGCUGCUUUCAAGAUCGUUCAGGAUCUCGGAGAGGAUGUGCUUGGAGAAGACAAAGCCCUCACCGCUGAGGGCAAGGCUGCGCAAGAAGAGGCGAAGGAAUCGGAGACCUCAGAGUCUUCUACUGAGGCAGAAAAGGCAACAACCGAAACUCCUCGGGUGGCACUCAAGGUCCCUGAGAGUGUUCAUCUGAGCAUCAACAAGGAUAGUUUGACUGACUAUGUUGGACCUCCAAUCUUCACUGCGGACCGGUUAUACGACAUCUUCCCCCCUGGUGUUACCAUGGGCCUUGCUUGGACUAGCAUGGGCGGCGCGGCUCUCUACGUCGAGUCUAUCUUGGAGAACGCGUUGACACCUCAAUCUCGACCAGGACUUGAGAUUACCGGUAACCUGCAAAACGUAAUGAAAGAGUCCACUCAGAUUGCGUAUUCUUUUGUAAAGUCGGUUAUGGCCAAGCAAUUCCCCGAGAACCGAUUCUUCGAAAAGGCAAGAUUGCAUAUGCAUUGUCCCGAAGGGGCUGUCCCGAAAGAUGGUCCCUCUGCCGGUAUCACCAUGGCUACAUCUCUGCUGUCCUUAGCAUUGAACCACCCUCUGGAUCCCACAAUUGCCAUGACGGGAGAAUUGACCGUUACGGGUAAGGUCCUGCGCAUCGGAGGCCUCCGAGAGAAGACGGUUGCUGCACGCCGCGCUGGUGCCAAGAGGAUUAUCUUCCCAGCAGACAACAUGUCUGACUGGCUGGAGUUGCCUAAGAACAUCAAAGAAGGCAUUGAAGGCCAUGCAGUGAGCUGGUACUCUGAGGUGUUCGACAUCCUCUUUGCCGAUCUCGAUAAGGAAGCCGCCAACCAUAUCUGGCAGAAGCAGCUCUCGGAGAAGCCCCAGAAGAAGAAGUCCAAUGACGUGGAAGAGGACGAUGACUAACGUCCUCGUUCAUUUCGCCUGGUAGAUACUUCUGUUGCUAUUCAGCCUUGGGGUUAAUGGGUUAUGCUUUUUCUGGUCACGUACAGGCGUUUCAAUGCAGAAUGCAUGGGCCGGAGUUGCUUUUUGUUUACAACCUUUUUAUGUAUAAUUGUGAAAUAUUUUCUUUCUUUUUUUUUUUUUUUUUUUUU